ACUUUAAUUUUGUAUUUGGGUUUUGUAAAUAACUUCCCUAUUGAGAUAUUGCAGGGAAAAUAACAAACUUCAAGAUGAAUGUUAUACUCGCAAUAAAACAGUACAUAAGUAAAAUGAUUGACGACAGUGGUCCAGGUAUGAAGGUUCUUCUCAUGGACAAGGAAACCACUAGUAUUGUAUCAAUGGUGUAUGCUCAGUCAGAAAUUCUUCAGAAGGAAGUUUACUUGUUUGAAAGGAUUGAAUCCACUGGCCGUGAGACAAUGAAACAUUUAAAGUGCAUUUGUUUUCUGCGACCAACCAAAGAAAAUGUGGACCUGUUAGCACAGGAGCUGCGAAUGUCAAAAUACGGCCAGUAUUACAUCUACUGGAGUAAUGUGAUCAGCAAGCAAGAUGUGAAGACCCUGGCUGAGGCAGAUGAUCAGGAGGUGGUCAGGGAAGUACAGGAGUUUUUCGCCGACUACAUUGCAGUCAACCCUCACCUGUUUGCACUGAACAUUGUAGGCUGCUACAAGGGUGUAGACUGGCAGCCUGCGGCCCUCAAACGAACCACCCAGGGCCUCACCUCUGCACUACUGUCCUUAAAAAAAUGCCCCAUGAUCCGCUAUCAAAACUCGUCAGAGCUUGCCAGGAAGCUUGCAGAAAGUGUGAGACAAACCAUCAGUAAAGAUGCAGGCCUUUUUGAGUUCCGACGGACGGAUGUGGAGCCUGUUUUACUCAUUCUAGACCGUAGGGACGAUGCAGUCACUCCCAUUUUAAAUCAAUGGACCUACCAGGCCAUGGUACAUGAGCUGCUGGGCAUCAGUAACAAUCGUGUGAACCUCUCAUCUGUACCGGGAAUCUCCAAGGAGCUGCAAGAGGUGGUGCUCUCUGCUGAACACGAUGAAUUCUACGCCAAUAAUAUGUACAUGAACUUUGGAGAGAUUGGGAACAACAUCAAGACAUUGAUGGACGAGUUCCAGAAGAAAUCACAGAGUCAGGCCAAAGUGGAAUCCAUCGCUGAUAUGAAGGCCUUCAUAGAGAACUACCCACAGUUCAAGAAGAUGUCUGGUACGGUCUCGAAGCACGUGACGGUGGUGGGAGAACUGUCAAGGCUCGUGGGCAAGACUGGGCUGCUGGAGGUGUCGGAGACAGAGCAGGAACUGGCCUGUCAGAGCGACCACUCAGCGUCCUUACAGAAAAUCAAGACGUUACUAAACGACAGUAAAGUGAGUCAACUGGACAAGUUGCGGCUGGUGAUGCUGUACGCACUGAGGUACGAGUCUCACAGCAACAACGAUGUGUCCGGCCUUGUGGAGACACUCCGUAAACAGGGCGUCCCUGACAACUACAGAACGCUGGUGUCUGCAAUCCUGGAGUACGGAGGAAAGAAGACUCGAGGCAGCGACCUGUUUGGCUCUACAGACCCUGUCGCCUUCACCAAAAGGUUCUUCAAGGGGCUCAAGGGAGUUGAGAACGUGUACACGCAGCACAAGCCUCUCCUGGACUCACUACUGGACCAGCUGUUGAAAGGCAAACUGAGGGAGGCCGCCUACCCAUACCUGGGCACUGUGCAACUCAAAGACAGGCCUCAGGAUGUGAUAGUGUUUAUAAUUGGUGGCACAACGUUUGAAGAGGCACUGACUGUUCAUCAACUCAACAAAUCUUCCCCUGGAGUGAGGGUAGUGUUGGGAGGAACUGCUGUGCACAAUUUCAAAAGUUUUCUGGAAGAGUUGCAGACGGCAGUGCAGCCUGUGGUAAUGGGAAGAAAAGAUGCAAUUAAAAAAUGAGAGAAAUAGACUGCAGGAGCCAAUGGCUAGAAACAAUCUAGAUUGCAGAUUAAGCCGCCACUUAAAAAAAUGACCAAGGAAAAUGCUUUUCUGCAAGUUGAUAUUUAAUUUCUAUUGCUAUAUUUUAAAUUUAGUCUCAUAAGAUUAAGUUUUAUUAAGUUGGUAGUCGUAUGUCCUGAUUGGCACCUAUCAAACCAUGGAGGCACAGUUGUUGUCUGCUUUAAUGAGAAUUUUCCACUGAUUUCUUACUUGUACAGGGUUAAUUGAAAAUUGUUGGGAGCUGUGAUGUAUGGAUGUCUUAUCAAACAGAAAGUGCUGCUAGCUGUAUUUGGUCAGGGUAGUGUCACAAAUUAUAAGUAGUGAUAAGCAGACUAUGUAGGAGAUUUUAUGAAGACUGUGGUUAAUGUCAUUAUUGUGCAUAAAUGAUGGGGACACGGCGCAUGUUGGACGUGUUUUAUCAACAUUUUAAAAGCUGGAAAAAUUGUAUUUAUAACAAUACAGUAUGAACUGUUUCUUAUUUUUCACUUUCAUUGCGAUUUAUUAGUUGAUCUAGUAAUGUUAUUGACCACAUUUUAAUAGAUCAUGCAAACCUGGUUUCAAACCAUGUUCAAGAAUUUAGAUUUACUAUUAUGAUUGUAAUUAAAAAAGUAUCAAUUGAUGAUUCAUGAUUCAUAUAGAGGCCUCAUGCAUUUUGAUUACCAAUGCAGAUUGUAGUGUUGCUAUUCCACCAAUAUCAUUCCAGUUUUGAUAAUAUAGAUCAUUAGAAUGUAUGUAUCUGAAUAUUUAAGUGAAGCAUCGGAAUGUAUUAAUAUUUGUUAUACUUGUUGUGAAUUUAUUUUGUAUUUUAUAGCGUGAUUAUCAUUUAUCUGAAUCAUUAUUGAAUGUACUGGUAUUAUACAAAAAUACAUGUUAUAUGAUUAUUUUCAUAGAAUAUUGUAAGUAAAAUAUGAAAAUACUCCACACAGAAAAAUGUUCUGAUUUAAGUAAUUUUAAUUUAUUUUUAUAUUUUUUUUUCAUAAUUGAAGUUGACAUGCAAUACGAUUAGCUUUUUCUCCUAGGGAACAUGUUAUUAAUGUCAUAUUGUCACCAAUUACGAUAUAUACAUGUGCAGUAAUUUUUUAAUCUUCUUAUUCACUGCAUAUCUCUGUGCAAUAUUUCCAUACUCUGUACAUUAAUUCUUUAUUGUAUAUGAUGUUAUCAGAGUAAAUUAUAAAAUGUUAUUGAACA